AUGAACCGGCAGCUAGUGAACAUUUUGACAGCCUUGUUUGCAUUUUUCUUAGAGACAAACCACUUCAGGGCGGCUUUCUGCAAAGACCAUGACUCCAGGUCUGGAAAACAACCUUCACAGACCCUAUCUCCUUCAGAUUUCUUGGACAAAUUAAUGGGAAGGACAUCAGGAUAUGAUGCAAGAAUCAGGCCAAAUUUUAAAGGUCCUCCAGUAAACGUUACUUGCAAUAUUUUUAUCAACAGUUUUGGAUCAGUCACAGAAACCACCAUGGACUAUCGAGUGAAUAUUUUUCUGAGACAACAGUGGAAUGAUUCACGGCUGGCAUACAGCGAGUACCCAGAUGAUUCUCUGGACUUGGACCCAUCUAUGCUAGACUCCAUUUGGAAACCAGAUUUGUUCUUUGCCAAUGAGAAGGGUGCCAACUUCCAUGAUGUCACCACUGACAACAAAUUGCUGCGGAUUUCAAAAAAUGGCAAAGUUCUCUACAGUAUCAGACUCACCUUGACCUUAUCCUGUCCCAUGGACUUGAAGAACUUUCCAAUGGAUGUCCAGACCUGUACAAUGCAGCUGGAGAGUUUUGGGUACACGAUGAAUGACCUGAUAUUUGAGUGGUUAAGCGACGGUCCAGUACAAGUUGCUGAAGGAUUGACCCUGCCCCAGUUUAUUUUGAAAGAAGAAAAGGAACUUGGCUACUGCACAAAGCACUACAACACUGGAAAGUUCACCUGCAUUGAAGUUAAGUUUCACCUGGAACGCCAGAUGGGCUAUUAUUUGAUCCAGAUGUACAUCCCUAGUCUGUUGAUAGUCAUUUUAUCCUGGGUCUCCUUUUGGAUAAACAUGGAUGCAGCACCUGCCAGGGUCGCACUAGGCAUCACCACAGUCUUAACGAUGACCACCCAGAGUUCAGGUUCCAGGGCAUCUCUGCCAAAGGUCUCCUAUGUAAAAGCGAUUGACAUCUGGAUGGCGGUGUGCCUUCUGUUUGUGUUUGCCGCCUUACUGGAAUAUGCAGCGGUGAAUUUUGUCUCCCGGCAACACAAGGAGUUCCUGCGCCUCCGAAGAAGACAGAAGAGGCAGAAUAAGGAAGAAGAUGUUACUCGUGAAAGUCGUUUUAAUUUCAGUGGUUAUGGGAUGGGUCACUGCCUCCAAGUGAAAGAUGGAACCGCUGUCAAGGCCACACCCGCCAAUCCACUCCCACAACCCCCAAAAGAUGCAGACGCCAUCAAAAAGAAGUUUGUGGACCGGGCAAAAAGGAUUGACACGAUAUCUCGAGCUGCCUUCCCAUUGGCCUUCCUCAUUUUCAACAUCUUUUACUGGAUCACAUACAAGAUCAUUAGACAUGAAGAUGUCCACAAAAAAUAG